ACUUCAAAUAUCAAUCAAGGUUGAAAUAGAUCUAUGCAUACGUGGUCAUCUUUUGGUCAUUAAUUUUCUUUUCUGAUGCUCAAUAGGUCCCAGGACUUUAGUGCUGCGAACUUUGAUGACCGAACCGUGAUACUCUGUGAUCAGUGUGAGAAGGAAUACCAUGUUGGUUGUUUGCGGGAAUCUGGGCUGUGUGAUCUGAAAGAACUGCCCAAGGAUAAAUGGUUUUGUUGUAAUGAGUGCCAUAAGAUUUAUGUGGCACUUCAGAAUUUUGCUUCCAGUGGACCUGAGGCGAUUCCAGCUUCUGUGUUGGCUGCACUAGCUACGAAGCACGCGGAGAGAGGUCUAAGUGAUAGUUAUAGAAAUGAUAUUCGCUGGCGAAUUUUAAAUGGAAAGAGUCGCUAUCCAGAGCAUUUAUUGCUGCUUUCCCGUGCUGCAGCAAUCUUUCGUGAGCGCUUUGAUCCUAUUGUUGCCAAAACUGGUCGGGAUCUCAUACCUGUUAUGGUGUAUGGGUAAGUUGCCACACUUUCAUCCUCUGGUGUUUAGCUCAUUAUCUUUAUGUUGAUUAGAAACACGGUGAUUGCUUAAAAGAACUUAGAUUGGAGAUUUUUUUGAACUUUGAAAUUGUUAAACGGACAGGAUCAAUUUCAAAGCGUGAAGAUCUUUUCUAGAUUCUUUUUCUCCAACAGUAGAAAGAUAGUUAAAUGAUUGCUUUCCCGAUUUAAGAAAUUUGUUCUCUAAGGCCUUUUUAGGUUUGAAAUUUGUGUUUCACUAGGGUUUUUUAAUAGAGGUUCGUGUUAAAAAAAA